UAUUACACUUUAGUACCAACAAGGCUGACGGAAGUACGAAGAAGGAGGAAUAGUCCUCAUUCUCGCAUAGAGGAAAGUAAGAGCAUGAGAAGACCCAUAUCCAGAAAGAAAAAGUUGAAAGGCAACAUACAUGCUCUGACACAACAGAUAAAAGAUAUGAAGAAAGCGAACUCAAGAGGAUUCUCUAAAUUAAAUCGAAAAAUAAAAACAAUGGAAAAACUUAACAAAACCUUCCAAAAACAGUUCUUAAGAGAAAAAUCUGCCCAUUGAGAACGCUGAAUCUCCUCAAUAUCUAAACGAGACUUAUGGAAAUGCCCAGGUCCCGACCCUCCAAAAAUAUCUAAAUCCUCCAAAAAACUCAUCCAAACCCACUACUUGCACCCUCCCAUCGAAAUCGAGCCAAGGUCAAGAUCCAAACCCUACAACUACCAACUCCAAACUAAAAUUCCUCGAUCUCAAGAAGAUAUAACAGUGAGGGUCGUACGAAGGAAGCCGAUGCCGAGGAUGAUGCCGAAGCAGUUGACUCCACAGAUAAAGAAUGAUAUUGAAAAACUUACGCAAAAAUAUCAGGGUUGAUUUGGACACAAAAACGUUGCUAAUUCUGUGUACAAAAAAUUAGAUAAAUAAAACAAAGGAGCUCUAUAAGAUCAGGGAUUUAGAAAAGUAUGCACAUGUUUGCCGUGAAAAAUGCAGAGAAAAAUACGGAAAAGAAGAGAAAAAGGAAGAACCAAAGAAUUAUUCUUAUAUUAAUGAUAAAGAUAAGCAAAAAUUACCUGUAGAGAUAAUAAAAUCUAGUGAGGACGAUUCAACAGACCAAUAUAAAAUAAAGAUUUACGGUUCCCAGAAAAGAGAAAGAAGAGAUAAAAAUUAUUUUGAAUAAAAUCUCAAAUAUGAAAUUUGUAGAUUUUCUUUUUGCUUUAGAUAAUUUAAUAGCGUAACCUUAUGAGAGGGGGUUAUGGAUAGAAUAUUUAGGUACAAAAUUCUUCUUAGAGAGUAACAUUAGUGUUUGGAAAUUCAGAUAACAGGCUAUUAGUCAAGGAGACUCACAUGUCCAAUUGGAUUUUAUUGAAAAGAUAUUUCUCAUUUGAUUUAUCUUUGUAGUUGAUAAAAAUUUUUAUUUAUCUUAAAUUUAUUUGAGAGUAAUUAGUUCUUAAUUUAGAUAAUCGAAUUAAUAUUAAUUCACAAUAAAUACCACAAAUUUCUUUAAAUAUUUUAAUUCAUGACAUUAAUUAAA